CCCGCCCCCACAAUCACGGUUACCGUCACUUUCACGGUCCGUACAACACUCUCCGUCAACCCUCCUGUCGUCUUCUAUAUAUCUGACCCGACCACCGCCCUCGCCUUCUUUCGAUUUGACAAGCCGUAAAAGGACUCUACCAAUCCCCCACAGCCCCAUAUGAUUCCUCCGAGCUUUCGCCGGUGAGCUUCAGGUGUACCAACUAGCAAAACGACUCAUCAGCUUCCGUUACCAGAUCGGGACGCCAAGGUUCAUCCAAGUAAUCAAGCUAGACCAGCUAAUGCUCACCUCGUAGCAUGGAGUCGCAGAAGUUAUUUGCGUAUGGUCUAACUGGAACCGGCUUAUCUUACUCGGCAUCGCAUCCCCCAUUUCCUUCAAUACCUAGUAGGUUAUUCCCUCCCUUUAAGUUCGAUUUCGGGAGCUCCCCAAACUCGCCCUUUUUGACUCACCAUGAGAGUGAGGCCUUCAGCACGUUGAGCAGCAGCCAGGAGCAGCACAGCUCCUCAGACAAUAAUUUCUCUGCAUUUAGCCCUUCCUCGGAUCACUCGCUUGAGACGAGCAGCAGUAAUCUCCAUAGACCAUCCGGCCUUCCCGUGGGCUCUUACCGGCAGAAUCUUCCGUGUAGAACCUCACUGUCACGGGAUGGGAAUUAUAGCCAGAACAUGAAGUACGCUUUGCUGGAACUGGAAACUGCCUUGAUGAACACCGACGAGGAUGAUGAAGUCACUGCUCCAAAUGCAUCGAUUAGGACACGUAAUAUUCCCCUGCAGCAGUCGACCCAGCCUCAGGGAUGCAUUUCUCACAGGCGACCCGCCGAAGACAUGCGGGUUGAGAAACGUCACAAGGUGAUCAAGGAAUCCCCUAUUCAAGAUUUUAAACCAAGCGACCUGAAGCAAUUGCUAAUUGCUUGUGCGAAAGCUCUGGAGGAUGAAGAUUUCAAUGGGUUUGAAAAUGUGGUUGAGAAGGCUAGGGAAGCUGUAUCUGUGAGCGGAGAACCAAUUCAGCGUGUUGGCGCUUACCUGAUAAAAGGGCUCGUGGCAAGGAAGGAAUCUUCGGGCUCUAACAUCUACAAGGCCCUCAAGUGCAAGGAGCCCGACAGCAAGGAUUUGCUCUCCUACAUGCAUAUACUAUACGAGAUUUGCCCGUACUUAAAGUUUGGUUACAUGGCAGCAAACGGGGCAAUCGCAGAAGCCUGCAGGAAUGAGGAUUACAUCCACAUCAUAGACUUCCAAAUAGCACAGGGGACCCAGUGGGUCACCCUGCUACAGGCGCUCGCAGCAAGGCCAGGCGGUCCGCCACAUGUGCGGAUCACGGGGAUUGACGAUCCUGUUUCAAAGUUCGCUCGCGGUGUUGGGCUAGAGGCAGUAGGGAGGCGACUGUAUGCAAUCUGUGAGCAGUUCAAGAUCCCGCUUGAGUUUAACGGGAUCCCAGUGUUCGCCCCGCAAGUAAAGCGGGAGAUGCUUGAUAUAAGGCCUGGGGAAGCCCUGGCCGUGAACUUCUCCCUGCAGCUCCAUCACACUCCUGACGAGGGUGUAGACGUGAACAACCCGAGAGAUGGGCUCCUGAGGCUUGUCAAGUCUCUGUCGCCGAAGGUCACGACUUUGGUGGAGCAAGAAUCAAACACCAACACCACACCGUUCCUGACACGGUUCAUAGAGACCUUCGAGUACUACCUAGCGAUGUUCGAGUCAAUCGAUGUGGCACUUUCAAGGGACCGGAAGGAGAGGAUAGACGUGGAGCAGCACUGUCUGGCGAGGGAUAUAGUGAACAUAGUUGCAUGUGAGGGGAAAGAGAGAGGGGAGAGGCACGAACUGUUUGGGAAGUGGAAAUCGAGGUUUACAAUGGCAGGUUUCAGGCAGUAUCCGCUGAGCAGUUAUGUGAACUCGGUCAUAAGCAGCCUCCUGAAGCGGUACUCGGAACACUACACUCUGGAAGAGAAGGAUGGGGCUAUGCUGUUAGGAUGGAAGGACAGGAAGUUGAUAUCUGCUUCUGCUUGGCACUGAUAGAAACACAAGGUUGGUUUGUUGUCAUAUAGAUACACAGCUACUAUACAUAAACAAAUAAAGUGAAAAAUGUUUCAUUUUUUUUUUUAAUGUUGUAUCAGUAAUAGGUUCGUAGAUGCACAUGUAAAAGGCGUCGAGCAUUCCGGUUACCGGUUUGAAACCUGAAUUCUCGACGGCUUGUCGAUGGCCGCUGUUCUUGAUAGCUGAAGUUAUGUUGAUGAGUUAUUUUUAUAUAUAGCAAAUUGCAUAUUCAGUUGGUCUGUUCCUA